AUGCCAGCGCCCAGCAGGCAAAGCGCUGUGGUUCAGUGGAAAGAUGAUUCGUCUUCAAAGUCAGACCUCCCAAUAUUGGUUCGCGACGAUGUCUCUGUCCCAAAGAUCUCGUCUCCCCACGAUGUCCUGGUUCGCGUGGUCGCAGCGAGCGGCAAUCCAACAGACUGGAAGAUGAUCACACACUUCUACAUGGAAGGAAAUGUCAUUGGUUGCGACUUUUGCGGAGUCGUCGUGGAAGCAGGGUCCGAGGCCAUCCACACUCCUGGCACGAAGAUAUGCGGAGCAGUGUUUCCUUACCGCGUGGAUAAGAACAAUCCCCAAAACGGAGCAUUCGCGCAAUGGGUUGUCGCAGAUUCGAGACAGAUGCUUGCACUGCCCGACGGUAUGAACGAAUGUCAGGCAGCUGCCCUUGGUGCUAUCGGCUGGGGUACGGUGGCCAUGGCGCUGGGAGACUCAGACGCCUUGAAUCUGUCUGGAACACCAACACGUCCAGUGGUGAGCGAGAAGCCGGUCUACGUGCUUGUAUAUGGCGGUGCAACCGCCACGGGCGUCAUUGCCAUCCAGAUGUUGAAGUCGUCUGGCUACCACCCUAUUGCUGUCUGCUCGCAAGCAUCCGCUGCGCGGGUCAAGGAAUAUGGGGCCAUCGGCACUGCCGACUACACUUCACCAAACUGCACCGAGCAGAUCAAGACGCUCGCCAACGGCUUUCCGAUCAAGCACGCAUUGGAUUGCAUCACCGACGACAUCUCCGCAGCCACGUGCUUCUCCGUCCUCUCGAGAACCGGCGCUCGAUAUGCAUGUCUGGAAGACUUGCCAGAGGCGUGGAGAACGCGGAAGGCGGUGAAAGUCAAGAUUGUCAUGGGCUUUGAGAUGUUGGGACACGACGUAGACUUGGGCCAUGCAUCCUAUGCACGCGCUGCGAACGCAUCAUUACAUGCGGUGGGGAUUACCUGGGCUCGAGAAGUUCAGUGGCUCCUAGACAACAAGAUAAUCAAGCCACAACUUGUCCACGAAGUCGAAGGGGGGCUUGGGGGGUUAGUCAAGGCGGUAGAAAUGAUGCGGCGUGGAGAGUUCGCAGGCAAAAAGCUCGUGGCGCGUCUGUUGCAAUACUGA